AUGGGCGAGAAAGGGAGAGAAGCAAAUGAGCCAGAGGAAGAAGAAGAGAUAGUCUGCUUGGAUGAGUCCUUCUUCAUCAACGAUGAUUAUCAGCUUACUACUUUUACCUUUGGGUCCCAUGUUCUUGAGCUCUACUGUCUCCAAUCAGCUUCAACUGAUUUUGAUUUAACAGGGCAGCUGGUUUGGCCCGGUGCUAUGCUUAUGAACGGUUAUCUCUCAGAAAAUGCUGAGAUUCUCCAGGGAUGUUCAGUUUUGGAGUUGGGAUCUGGCGUUGGUAUAACUGGAGUCCUCUGUAGCAAAUUUUGCUCUAAAGUUAUUCUUACUGACCAUAACGAUGAAGUGCUCAAGAUAUUGAAGAAAAACAUCGAGCUUCAUGAACAUUCGAGCGGUCCUAACCCCUCAGCUGAAUUAGAGGCUGCAAAGUUAGAAUGGGGAAAUAGUGAUCGUCUUGGUGAAAUUUUACAGAAACAUAACGAUGGCUUUGACCUUAUUCUUGGAGCUGAUAUCUAUAUCCUUAUCUUUCAGCAAUCUAGUGUGCCAUUGCUAUUUGACAGUGUAGAGCAGCUUCUGCGGAUUAGGGGACACGGAAAUUGCAAAUUCAUACUAGCAUACGUAUCACGGGCCAGACAGAUGGAUUCAGCGAUCUUGAGGGAAGGCGCUCAGCACGGGAUGCUGAUGAAUGAAGUUUCUGGGACUCGGUGUACCGUGGGAAACUUGGAAGGGGUUAUAUUUGAGAUCACUCUUCAAUAA